AUGGAAUUGAUGCAGCUGAAGCAAGGUUCCCUAUUUGUGGCGGACUACACAAGCAAGUUUGAGGAGCUUUGUAGGUUUUCUAGGGUAUGUCAGGGUGUCCCGGAGACGUAUGAGAGCUGGAAGUGUAUCAAGUACCAAAGGGGCUUGAAGGACAACAUAAUGACUGCUGUGGCUCCUAUGGAGAUCCGUACUUUUUCUGAUUUGGUGAACAAAGCAAGGGUGGUGGAGGAGUAUACCAAGACUGUAGCGGCAUCUAAGGAUACUCCUGCAGGGAACACUAGUAAGGGACGUGGCAAGUAUUUUCAUCCUAGGAGUCAAAGCUUCAAGAGGAGAGGAUAUGCGCCUCAAGGGCAAGGAGGCUUCAAAAAGAGCACUCAGGAUCAGUUUCAGCAUGGCAAAGGGAGAGGAAAUCAGAGUGGAUGUUUCAACUGUGGCUUGCCUGGUCAUAUUGCAAGGGAUUGCACUCGUGGGAGGAACCCGAAUGCGGGUCAGAGUCAGCAUCAAGGUCGAGUUUUUACUGUGAAUGCCAAGGAUGCUUCCAAGACGGAUCCGUUGAUGAGAGGUAUAUGUCUAAUUGGUGAUAAAUCCUUAAUUGCAUUGUAUGAUACUGGAGUUUCAUAUUCGUUUAUUUUGUUUGCUAAAGUUGAGGAACUAGGCUUGAAAGUGUCAGAGUUAGUAUUUGAAUUGCAUGUACAUACUCCGCAUCAGGCGGUUAUGACUAGGUCAGGGCAUAGGCAAGUAGGUUUCAAGCUUGAGGGUAGAGACUUCGUGUAUGAUUUGAUCUGUUUACCAAUGGUUGGGUUGGAGAUGAUAUUGGGGUUUGAUUGGUUGUCGAAGAAUCGAGUGUUGUUGGAUUGCUUUGAGCGGUCAUCAAUUCGGUUUGUGCCGGAAGGAGAAAAGGGAGCGGUGAUAGCUGAGGGCUACUACCUGAACUCUGUAAUGGUGCACUGUAGUGGAGAAGAGUGUCAGGGUUAUAUCUUGUUAACUGUUAAUGCGUUGGGUGAUGCCCAGAACUUGGAUCAAAUUUCGGUAGUUAGAGACUUUUCGGAGGUAUUCCCGGAAGAUAUCCCUGAGUUCCCACCUCAAAGGGAGAUUGAAUUUGUGAUUGAAUUGGUGCUGGGAGCCAGACCAGUGUCGAUUGUGCCGUAUAGAAUGGCUUCGAUAGAGCUGGCAGAAUUAAAGACUCAUGUGAAAGAGGAUGAUAUCCCUAAGGCUGCGUUUAGGACGCGCUAUGGACACUACGAGUUUGCGAAAUUCGUGGUGGUUUUCAUAGAUGACAUCUUGGUUUACUCUAAGACGGCGAAGGAGCAUGAGAAACACUUAAGGAUUGUGUUGCAAAUUUUAAAGGAGCGAAAGUUGUAUGCUAAGUUGUCCAAGUACAAAUUCUGGAAAGAGGAAGUGAAGUUCCUAGGUCACGUGGUGAGCAAAGGAGGAAUAGCAGUAGAUCCUUCGAAGGUAGAAGUAGUGAUGGACUGGGAAAGACCAACGACGGUGAUGGAAGUCAGAAGUUUCUUAGGUUUAGCCGGAUAUUACCGGAGAUUCAUUGAAGGAUUUUCCCGGAUUGCACUACCGAUGACUAAGUUGACAAGGAAGGAGGUCCCGUUUGUAUGGACGUCGGAGUGUGAAGAAAGUUUUCAAACUUUGAUACAAAAGUUAACUUCAGCACCUGUUUUAAUCUUGCCAGAACCGCACAAACCGUUCGAAGUGUAUUGUGAUGCUUCCUUGAAGGGUUUGGGUUGCGUGUUGAUGCAAUACCGGAAUGUGGUGGCUUACGCAUCACGUCAGCUGAGACCGCAUGAGGUAAACUACCCAACUCAUGAUUUGGAAUUAGCGGCGAUUGUGUUUGCACUGAAGAUUUGGAGGCACCACUUGUAUGGAGUGAGAUUUAGCGUCUUUUCUGAUCAUAAGAGUCUCAAGUACAUCUUUGAUCAGAAAGAGCUUAAUAUGCAUCAGAGGAGAUGGAUGGAGUUGCUUAAGGACUACGAUUUUGCACUGAGUUAUCACCCCGGAAAGGCAAAUGUGGUAGCAGAUGCUUUGAGUCGGAAAUCUUUAACCAUAGCUUGGAUGAGGAUCAAGGAAGAGGAGUUAGUGGAUAAGUUCAUGGAUCUUAAGAUGGAUAUUGGUGAAGUUGCCAGAAGAACUUGUUUGAAUCAGUUGCAGAUCUCAAGUACUUUUAAAACAGAAAUUCAGAAGGCUCAGCAAGAUGAGCAAAAGCUUCAGCAGUUAUUUCAACCAGUUGGUGAUAAGAGGCGUGGAGAAUUCACAAAGGAUGAUGAAGGAUUAUGGGGGUACAAAGGGAGAAUUUGCAUACCGGAUGUCGGAAGUGAUGUAGCUACAGUGGUAUCUAGGUGUCUGACGUGUCAGAAGGUGAAGAUAGAGUAUCAGAAACCGUUAGAGAUGCUACAGCCACUUGAAAUUCCUCAGUGGAAGUGGGAAGGAAUUGCGAUGGACUUCGUGACCAGUUUACCAAGGACUAGGUCGGGAUUUGAUGCGCUCCGUAAGUAUACAUCGGAUGCGACACAUGUGUUGGAGCCUGAAUCGGUCGAGUUGAGGGAGAACUUGACUUUUCAAGUGACACCAUUGAGAAUCGACGACACUAGUGUGAAGAAACUACGAGGAAAGGAAGUUCAGUUGGUUAAAGUAGCUUGGAAGCGAGCAGGAGUUGAGGAGCAUACUUGGGAAUUGGAGUCCGAGAUGCGAAAGAAUUAUCCCGAGCUAUUCUCAGCUUGGAUAUUGGAGCUUGUUGGUGCUUGUUGGAGAUUCUUGGUGGCUUAG